AUGCCAAAAACGUGGGUGUGCUGGGACAUCGACAGCUGUCCGGUUCCGGAUGGUUACGAUGCUCAUCUGGUCGGUUCGAGUAUUAGAUCGGCGUUGAAGGAGAAAGGCUGCUAUGGUCCUCUCACUAUUUUUGCCCUUGGCAACCUAAAACUCUCCUUAAAACGAACCCCUCAUGUUCUCCCGGCGCUCUCUUCCACUGGAAUCCUUCUUAAUGACGUCCACGGUUUCGAUAACAUUUUUGAGGAGUUUUUGCGGUGGACGAGGGGUAAUCGAGGUCAUGGUAUUUUACUGUUCAUAACCGGUAAUGAGCUUGUGAAAAACAUGUAUCAGUGUUUUGUCAGCCUAGAAGGUCUUGGAUACACUAUUCUUCACGCAAACCCUCAGGCAUCUCCUCCAUCUUAUGAAAACGGCUUUCUCUGGGAAAGCUUACUGAAUGGUGUUUCAGGGGAGGUAACAAGACAGGCACUUGUAACGGCCGGUGAAGUCAGGUUUUAUUGCUCACGAUGUACGAUAUGUCCUGGUGAAAGUUAUGAAGAUUUUACCAAGCAUCUCAAGAGUAGAGGUCAUAAACUGCGUGAGUUGGACACGUUGCGUAGGCCUUCACCCAAGAGGAAGAUGGUGAAGCCGACCUUUAAUGUUUCUAAUUACAUUAACAAGAAACCAAAAGAGAAGGAUUGGUGGAUUGAAGAAGACCGAAUGAGCAUCUAG